GGGAAAGAGAGAGAGAGAGAGAGAGAGAGGCAGUCAGCCAGGUGGAGUCAGGUGCUGUCUACAGUCUGGGCUGGGACAGUGUCAUAGUUCUAUACAGUAGCAGAACAGUAGGGAUUGUGUGGAGCUGGUCUGUAGUCUAGCCCCUGACUGACUGACUGACUGACUGACUGACUGACUGACUGGCACUCAACAGGAAUACCAGGCCUUGUUCAUCAACUGGAAAAUGAAUUCUACAUAACACUGAAGAGAGAAACUUGUCAGAGUGGAUCUUUCUUUCCCCUCCCCUCUUGUUCAUUCACUCUCUAGUCUCUCACACAGUGGCUGGAGCUGGGGGCUGUGUGAGUUUGUACAGUAGUCCAGAAAGAGAGUGAGAGGAAGAGAGGGAGGGUGAGAGGAAAGGAGAUAACAGGGGAGUGGACAGAGGCCAGUGGAGACAUGCUACGCUACAGCUCACCAGGAUCGGUCACCACCACCGAGGACAGUCCAGAGCAGCCCAGUGAGAGGAGGAUCCGGCGACUCAGACUAACUCUUCAUACAGGAGACAAUGGACAGAAUGAGACCAAGAAACCAACCUCAGACACACAAGAGGAGAAGGUUGUCAACGGAACAUGGAAGAAGAAGAACACACUCAUCCAGAGAGAGAGGCCAGCUGGCAGUGAGUCACCUGUACAGCACCUCAGUGCAGCGACCAAUGGGGAGCUAGAGACGUCGCUGCAGCGGCAGCACGGGCCCAAGGUGCACGGUGUGUUGCAGGGGACAGGCUCGGAUAGACAGCAGGAAGUGAUGGCGUGCGAGUGGUCUGUCAAUCACCUGAGGGAUGAGAUGAGUUACAUCAAGGAGGUGCGAGAUUCCCUGGAGAAGGUCAGAGAGCGGAUGUACGGCCAGUUUGGAGGAAUGCAACAUUCGAUGCAGAAACUAUCACAAGACAUCAGGACUGCCAACUCCCAGAGGAAGACUCUGGAGAAAGAGGUGAGGGUUCGGACUGCAGCCAUGGACAACUUUGACCAGAUGAACAGCUCCCUCAUAUCUGCCAACAUCGACCUCCAGAAAUCUCUACUAGAGAGCUGUCACAAUCGUGUGGACUCCCGGGAUGAGAUGAAGAGCCUGAGAAGCUCCUUUCAGCAGGCUGAGGAGAGGCUGAAGGAGAGGGAGAAGCAGCUGGAACUUGCCCAGGCUGAGAACCACACACUCAAACUGAAGGUGGAGUCGUCUCAGGAGGCCAACAGCCAUGCAGUGCAGGAGAUGACAGCGAGGCUACAGAGACAGUAUGAGGAGAGACUUCAGGAGGAGCAGAGGAAACACAGAGAGGAGAUAGAGAAGCUACAGGCCCAAAUUGAUCAGUAUAUUAGGCGAUUAGAGGAGGCAGAGAAGAAUGCUAAGAUUGCGGAGGCCAAGAUCGCUGAAAGGGACCAGAGGAUCAGUGAGGUGGAGCGCCUGCUGGACUGUAUGGGACAGGAAAAGGGCCAUCUUCAGAAGAAACUGCAGGAAUGUGAACAGCGUCUACGCUUGAUGGAGGUGACAUACAAAACAGAUGCAACUGUAGCAAAGAGUUCUCAAAAGUUGGAAGAGGAGGCAGGGGAGCUUCGUGAGAGAAUCAAACACCUGAAUGACAUGGUGUUCUGUCAGCAGAGGAAGGUCAAAGGCAUGAUAGAGGAGGUUGAAUCAUUACGAGCUAAAGUGGCACAGAAGGACAUGUUCAUCUCAGAGCUUCUGGACAGAAUUGCUAUUGUGGACUGUGAGAAUAAUGAGUUAGAAGACAAGCUGAAGUAUUUUAUGUCUGUACAGAGUGUGCCAAGGGAAGUUGUGCAAACCAGAGAGAUAGGAGUGGGCUGUGAUCUGCUCCCCAGACUUGAAAUACAAGGGUAUGAGAUUGAAACUAAUGUCCAACCUCCAGCAGCACAUUACCAACCCAGACAAACCCCAAUCCAUCCCUCUUCUACAGAAUACCUAGGACAGUCUAGGACAUUCAGAUCAGGUCUACCGCCACCCAGCAGACUGGAGUCUAGUUUACUGAGAUACACUCCUCCUGAGUACAGCAGUUAUCUGUCAACCAACUCCUCAAGAUCCUUUGGAACACUAACCAGUCCAACGCUGUCUACGUCUGGCCCUCUAAGCCCUGAUCAGUCCAGUACAGAAGAGCCUGCCUCAGUUCCAAUCACAGAUAAAGCCUCAAGUCCAGAGACGGACAUUUCAGCCCCAUCCUGUUCUCGACCAAGAUCAAGCCCAUCCAAAAUCUACACACCUUUCAUGAAACUUAUGGAGAUAACAGCAAAGAUUAACAUUGAAUUUGAGCAAUUCGGUAAGCUUAUUUGGGCGGGUUUUAGACUAGUAGCUACUAGCUUGCUAACAAUGUCCUCGUCAUCGUGGGCAGCUCCAUCAGAACGCCAGGGGCAAGUGGGGGAUCUCAAAACCAAGAGCAAAGAAGAACUUGUUGAAUUACUGUCACGCCAAGAUAAAUUAUUAUCUAACAAGAGGUUUAUACAGACCCUUCCAGACAAAGGGAAGAAGAUCUCAGACUUUGCAGAGAGAAUAUGCCUUGCUCUUGCCCACAAUGAAGAAGAGGAGAGGAAGCAAGAUAUGCUGUCAUCUGUCAGGACAGAGCUGCAGUCUAAAUACCAGCAGGCUUUGACACAAAGCCCACGUGGUAGCCAGAAUAAACCAGGAACUUCCCAACAUAGGAGACAAGCUGGGGACACAGCUCCUGGAAAUGUCCAAGAAUUGGACGUCUCACCUCUGUCACCUAAUGUUCAGGAGAGCAAAACAGUUGACACGCUGAAAGAAGACAGUGUGUCCAAAAUAUCUGCUGCUGGAACCAUGAAUAUGGCCCAGGCUGGUGAUGAUGCAGAGGUCUCUCCAGACUCUGACAGGACAAAAGAGAGCGACCUAGCGGAAGCCUUGCAGAGGGUCACUCUGUCUGACCACUCAACUGGCUCGAGUGGAUCCCUUAAAGACACAUUCAACAGACCUGCUACUGGAAACCCCUUCCUUGGAAGGCAGCCACAGAAGAAACCACACUACAUAGAAGUCCUGGAGAGGACUGAGAAGGACCCGGUUACGAGGAGACAGAAGUACAAGCCUAAUCAGUUUGCCCACAACACUGAUGGCUCCCCGUCAGGGUCUCUGUCACCCAACCAAUCCCCUGGAGGCUUAUUACCAUCGCCGGUGCUCUCCGUUGAGGCCAGGAGGGAGCGAGACAGGAAGCACAUUGAUGACAUCACUGCGGCCAGGCUCCCACUGCUCCACUACGGCCCUGCCCAGCUGCUGACACUGGAGCAGUCAGCUGACCUGCUACGCGAACAGACCAGGAAACACCAGGAGUUGCAGGCCAAGCUGGCAGCCCAGAAGCUGUCUGAGGCGCUGAGGUUCAGCACAGGGAGCUAUGUUGUGGAAGGGGGCUCGCUGGGCACCUACAGGGAGGUUCAUGACGACGGAGCCCAGCUCUCCUCAGAGGAAGACUAAUCCAGGGGGCCGCAGCAAGGAAACUCUGGUGACCCCUGACCUCUGAGACAACAGUCUCUGUGCCCUGCAUCAGGACCUAUGGAAGGAAGGGGAUUGGCAAUUCAAAGACUAGAGCCCUGCUUGAGGAGAUGGAAAGGGUCAUGGGCAUCGGGUGGUUUUGAAGGCACAGUGG